AUGGCAUCGGCGGCGAACCAGUCCCGCAAGGCCAACGGUGUUGCGCAGGGAAACUCCACCGGGAACGAGACCGGCAAGAAGCCAAAGACUCCCGCCCCCGGCACCAAGCUCAAGAUCCGAAGGCUGCCGCCCGACUUCACCGAGGACCAAGUCUGGGCCGUCCUCGGCGACGAAUGGAAGGUCGGAAGCGGCAAGGUAGACUGGGCUUCCUUUGCCCGAGGCAAGAUCUCAAAGGACCCCUUCAAGCCCCCUCAGCCUGCUGCCCACUACCUGCGUGUCGUCCGAGACGAUGACGUUGCUCUGCUGUCGGAAAUCGUCCAGAAGGCAAACUGGCCCGACAACAAGCAGCUAUCGAACGGCGUCUCCCUCCCGGUCUACAUCGAGAAGUCAGACACCAAGGUCCCUCCGACCAAGCGUCGAACCGACCCUAGACAGGGUACCAUCGACCAGGAUCCCGAGUUUCAAGCGUUCCUUGUGGCCCUGACGCAGCCGCCCGCCCAGAACAAGCCCGACGAGAACGGCGAACCGGCCGUGCCGGGGGCGGACGAGCCCAAGGAGAGCACCAAGGUUACCUCCACGCCUCUUACCGAAUACAUCAAGGAGCAGAAGGCCAAGAAGGCAAAGGAGGCUGCCGCCGCCAAGAGCGCGAAGCACGCCCGCCAGGACUCCCAGGGUGGUAAGGCCAGCAAGGGCGACGAUUCCAAGAAGAAGGGCAAGGAGACCAAGGCCGACAAGGCCGACAAGGAGAGCCAGAAGGCCAAGGAACCUGUCAAGCUUCUCACCAAGAAGGCCGCCGCAGCCCAGGAGGCCGCCGAAGCCGCCAAGUCCGCCGCCUCGAGCAAGACUGCCGACGAGGCCACGCCCAAGAGCAGGCGUGCCAACAUCGCCCAGGCAGCCAAGAUCCUGCAGCGCGAUCUGGGUCUGUCACCGGGCAGUGCCCACCGGAGGGCUCGUCAGAACGCUGCCAAGGCCGAGGCUGCAUCGCAGACUGAAGCCGGCCCGGCGACCGUCAAGGAACCCCCCGAGGUGAAGGAGCCCGAAGCCACGAAAACCGUCCCGACGGGCCCAAAGGUGCAAGCCCCAGAGGGAUCCAAGAGAUCAAGAGGGAAGGGCAAGGCGGCGGCAGCAGAGACCGGCAAGGGAAAAGGGCCCGAGGCUCCCGCCAACCCGACCAAGGGCCCUAUUGUCUUGCUGAAAAAGGAUCAAAGUAAGAAGGAAGAAUCAGCGUCCAACAACACUGCUACGCCACCGACUCCCGGAGCCACGCCCACACCGGUGCCCGCUGCUCCUCCUACACCUCCCACGGGCCCCAAGGCGGCCGGCAAGGCCUCGGCCGCGAAACAGACCACCCCGGCGCAACAGAAGAAGGCGGCUGCCCAGAUCUCUCCGGGCGCCAUGCGUGCCUUUGUCAAACACGCCAACCCGUCCCAAGGCGUCACCGAGACCCUACUCAAACAGGCCAUGGAGGUGUUUGGGAAUGUCACUUUUGUCGAGAUUGACAAGCGUAAGGGAUUCGCCUAUGUCGACUUUGAUGACGCCGAGGCCCUACGAAAGGCCAUCGCCUCUAGUCCCAUAUCAGUCGCACAGGGUACUGUUCAGGUCCUGGAGCGGAAGGAGAAGAAGCCCGCUACGCCCGCCCCAGCACAGCCCGCGGCUACCGAGAAGAGCUCCAAUGAUGCGCAAGCCGCCUCUGACAAACCAAAGAGAGGUGGUCGAGGUCGAGGUCGGCGAGGAGGUGGAGGUGGAGGCAACGCCGGAGCAGUAACCACCGCCAACACCGCCGGCGAUAGUGCAUCUCCUGCUGCCGCUUCUGCUGCGGGAUGA